CUACUUCCGGGCUGAUGAAACCACAUGUAAAUUGUAAAUAGGUCUAAGGUUAGCCGGUUACUUAUAAGGUUCUUAUAAGCUGGCGAUUCGUCGCAUUUUCUAAUAAUUUCGUCGUUUGAUAGCGAUAUAAUGUCGUACAAGGUUGUUAUACAGAAGGACAGACCAGCGUUAGCUGCGUACCUAUCUGCCCUGUAUGUGAAGUCUCGCGGGAAAACAGUAACUACAGAAAUAGGAAACAGCAAUUCACUUGAUGUUGGAGGAAAUGUAUCAUUUACAAGCAAUUUCUCCAUUUGUCGCUUCCUGGCAAGAACUUUCCCAGAUGUGGGACUGCAAGGAGAAUCUGUUUUACAGAAAACAGAGGUGGACCACUGGAUGACGUUUGCGACAGGUCACCUAUCCUGUGCAAAUGAGUUCUCCGCGGCCCUGCAGUACCUGGAGGAGAGGUUGACCCUGGUCACUUUCCUUGUUGGUCAUGGUCUUACCGUUGCUGAUUUUGCUGUCUGGGAGGCACUACAUGUCAACAAACUGUGGUAUGAUUUAAUGGCGAGGGAUGCAGCACCAGUGAAUGUGACCCGUUAUUUCCGGUUCCUCUCCGAUCAAGAGCCGUUCAAGUCUGCCUUGAUAGUUGUACCAAAACCACAGACCCAAGGAAAGAAGAAGUCUGAAACUGGUGUGAAAAAAGACGAGGGAAAGUUUGUAGACCUACCAGGAGCAGAGAUUGGCAAAGUGGUGGUUCGAUUUCCACCAGAGGCCAGUGGAUUUCUUCAUAUUGGUCACGCCAAGGCAGCCCUGCUGAAUUACCACUACGCACAGCUGUUCAAGGGAAAGCUCAUCAUGAGGUUCGACGACACCAACCCAGCAAAGGAGGACGCCGACUUUGAGAGAGUAAUCUUGGAGGAUGUAGCUAUGUUAGGCAUCAAGUAUGACAUCUUCAGUCACACAUCCGACCACUUCGACCUGAUCCUGAGUCUGGGGGAGAAGCUCAUCCGUCAGGGAAAGGCGUACGCCGACAACACAGACCCGGAAACCAUGAAGAAGGAGAGAGAGGAGAGGGCAAAUUCCAAGAAUCGUGCUAACAGUGUGGAGAAGAACUUGAAGAUGUGGGAAGAGAUGAAGAAGGGGUCAACGGUCGGUAAGACAUAUUGUAUACGAGGAAUGAUAGAAAUGCAGUCGGACAAUGGCUGUAUGAGGGACCCAACCUUCUUCAGGUGUAAAACCGAGCCCCACGUCAAAACAGGAACCAAAUACAAGGUGUACCCGACCUACGACUUUGCCUGUCCGAUCGUAGACAGUGUAGAGGGUGUUACUCAUGCCCUGAGAACGACCGAGUACCACGACCGCGACUGUCAGUACUUCUGGAUCAUCGACGCCCUGG